AUGGCUGCUCCCGCGGACGUCACUAUCCAGAACCUCAAUGGCACCUGGGUUUUGAACAAAUCCCUUUCUACCGACACCGACGCUAUCCUCGCUCUUCAAGGUAUCGGCUGGUUAACCCGCAAAGCGAUCAGCAUCGCCACAGUCACCCUCUCCGUAAAUCAAUUCGUCGAGCCCAACGCCGACGACCCCAACAAUGCCCCCAUCACCAAAGUCUUCAUCGACCAAACCGCCACGGGAGGCAUCAAAUCCAGCGAACGCCGCAUCACAGAUUGGCGUGUCCGCGAACACAAGGAUCGCACAUUCGGCAGAUGCGCGGCUCAGAGUCGUUUGAUUCGUGGCGUCAAGGGUGCGGAUGGGAAAGUACGUCCUGCCGUUGAGUUGCAGACCGAGCCAAAGGAGGAGAAGAUACUCAAGUUUAUGAUGGGGGAGAUGACAGUUAAUGGCGAGGAAGACCCAGAGGGAUUCUUGGUGGAUGAUAUCCAGGAGAAGGAUGGCGUGACCUAUCCGGAGGGUGAGGGGCUGUGGUUGCAAAGCUUUGUGAGGAGUGAGGAGGCCCCUUGGACUGCUGAGCAGAUCUGGGGCUUCGAAAUAAUCAACGGCCAACGCUACUACACCCGUCACAUCGCCGUCUCAACCCAGGACGGCAGAUACCACCUUGGCCGGUUGGUCUACGACUACCAGGGCCAGUAG